ACCGGUAGUGGUGCUAGCAAAGAGGUUGAGGACGAGGUUGCGUUGACGCUGGCUGGAAUGGCGGGUGGGUUAUGGUCUUGAGCUUUUCUCGAGCUUGCAAUGGCUGAACCGAGACGCAGGAUUCGGUCCGAACGCUGGCUAUAAUGGCUGACUGUGAAUGUUGAGUGUGUCGAUGUGAUUUUUUUAUUACCAGCGGGUUAUUUAUUGUGUCCGUCCAAUCUUUGGGCUUCUCUGUUAUGGAUCUCGGCGUUUUGGGUUUUGCAUGUUUUUCCUGUACAUAUGUUACUGGUAUGCGUUACGCAGUACUCUGCUAUGCUAUUCUCGAUGGGAUGAUGACGAGCUUGAUCUUGGCAAUGUCCGCUGAGACGGCUUCCGUUGAUCGGUUGGCCUAUCUGUUUUGUGGGUUUUGUGAUCGGGGAAGACGGCUUUCUAUAUGAGCGAAAC